GCAUUGCUGCCUGCUGGCCAUGUCCCUUUCCCCCAUCAUGCUGACCAUCCAGCAUGGGGAAACACAAGGGGAACUGGGGAAAUCUCACUUUCCUGACACCUGAAGCUCUCUGUUACCUUGCUGACCCAGACUGAAGUGCCAGACCCACUCCAACACCCCAUGGAGCAGCAUGCCAGGACAUAAAACAGUUUUUGAAUGCUUUGCAUCCUCAGGCAGCACAGCAUUCUGUGGUGGGGUGCUUCAUCCUGGCUUCUCUCCCGGGAUGUGCAGCACAGGCCCCUGCGAUGUGACCUGAGGGUGAUGGCGAAGCAGCCAGCACCUCGGUGGCUCCUGGUGCGAGGACAGACCCCGGUGGUGCCUCCUGCCCCAUACCCAUCUCUGCUGGUACUCAGUGGCAAAGGAUUGCCCCAGGGCGCCACAAACACCCGGCAACGCUUCCCCAGCGGCCGGCCCCACCACCGGCACCAGGACGUCGUAGCUCUGCCAGCGUCCUUCGACGGUUAAUCUGUUCUGUGUUGCAUUUUUUUAUCACUUUUGAAGCGUCCCCCGCCCCUUGGAGCUCCGCGCUGCUCCCCACGGGCCAUGCGGGGUUUCACACACGGGGGCGGGGAUCCCCGCGGGGGAGGGCGGGGGCUCUCCCGAGACCCCCGCGCUGUCCCCGGCGGGACCCGGGCAAGCGCGGCCGCUGGGCGGGCCCCGAGGCGGGGCCGGGGCCGGGUUCGCCCUGCCGGGAGCGACGGGAUGCGGCUGCCGGAGCUGUGCCUGGCGCUCCUCUGCGCUGCCGCCGGGCUCUGCUCCCCGGGGGCGGCCCGGGAGCGGCCGCCGGGCCCGGGAGCAGCCGUGGGGAGGGCAGUGGAGGCGGGACGCGUGGGGACGGGGGCAGUUGGCGGCGUGGACCCCCGCCAGGUGUGGAUGCUGCUGGCCGGGAGCCCCGGGUGGGCGAGCGGCAGCCGGCACCGGGGCAGGACGGGCACGGCACGGCAUGGUUCGGGGGCUGGCACAGCGGCGGUACCGGCUGGCGGCCCGUCCCCAGGAAAAUCACCCCGGGCUGCCUUGCGAGUCGGUGCGCCAAGUGCUGCGCCUGCCCCUUUCACUGCCCACGCCGCGCUGGAAGAGCUGCUGAGGGAGCUGCAGCUCCUGCUGAAAGGCAUGGUGAAGGAACAGGUGAAGACACACAGGAAGGCUGGUGAAGAGUGUGAGGAAGAGGAGGAAAGUGAUGAACGCAACCCACAGGAUCAGUCCCAUCAUCAUGUGGAAGCAGCCUUCCACUGCCGGACACGUGAAAACAUCUCUGUUGAGAAGAGAACACAGCAGGAGCUGCAAUUCUACUACAUCGUGAGUGCCCAGCCUGCUGGCUCCUCCUGCCUGCAGCACCCUGCUGCCCACGGGGGCACCUGCCCUAGCACGGGGUUUCAUUCUCUAAUCCAAGCCUUUCCCCAUGCCCAGCCGGAGGCAGAGCGGAUGUUCCACCGUGGCUCUGGGCUGAACCUGACCAGCGGGCAGUACACAGCCCCCACUGCAGGGUACUACACCUUCACUGCCACGCUGCACAUCGGUGAGCCCUCGGGCACCCCCCACACGACCCUGCUGGGCGGGGGGUCUGGGCCAGCUCUCACCCUUCCAUCUGUCCCAGUGAGCGGAGAACAGCGGAAGAAGGAGCGGUCAUGCAGGGGGAAUCGUCUGCGGGUGCUGAUUUGCGUGCAGUCCCGCUGCCAGCACAACAGGUACAGCAGGGCAAAGCUGGGAUGGGAGAGGAACCACCAGGGAGGGCAGGAGGAAGGAGGCCAAGCACCCUUGGGGGAAGGAGGCACAUGCUCUCCCCAGCACCACCCUCCCUCCCUCUUCUGCAGCAAUUUGGAGACUGUAUCCCAGCUGGAGAGUUGUGGUGACCUUUUCACCAUCUCUGUCACUGGAGUCCUCUACAUGCAGGCUGGGCAGUACGCCUCUGUUUUCGUGGACAAUGCUGCAGGCUUCACCCUCACCAUUCAAAGUGGCUCCGAUUUCAGCGCCAUCCUGCUGGGGGUGUGAAAAGGCACUGGGCACCACGCAGGAAGCUGAGCCUGUGCCAGGAGCAGCUGGACCCUUCCCUCUGCCAGCCACCAGGACACCUCCCCUGCUUGGCACCAAGGCCAAGACGACCUUUUGCUGCCGCAGGAGCUGCAGGCUGGUCUAGUACUGCUGGUGCUGCAGAACCACCUGAAGCUCGACAAAAGAUUGAGGAGGAAAGGAUAAUAAUAACAAUAAUAAUAAAAAGGCAUGCUGACAAGGAACUAAA